GAAGAGGGAGGGUGUGUGUGGGGGUGGAGGGGGUACAUGGAGCUGUAUAUAUAGCAGCCCUACUGAACCAUCUCACCUUACCUCACCAGCCCGUUCAGCGUGUGUGAGACACAGCCCAUCGGUCCUCCAUCAUGAUGAAGCAGUGUGCCUUGUUGUUGCUGGCGUGUGUGUAUGCUCAUGCCGCCCCCCUGGAAGCCAGCAUGAAGCCCGGGUCGUGCCAGGACGCCGUGGCCCUGGGAGCAGCAGGACAGGCCCUCGACAAGAUCAACAAGGACCGCACAGAGGGCUACGUGUUCGGUCUCCACCGCCUCAGUAACGUCAACCAGAUGGAGCAUGGGGAAACAGGGGUUGUGUUCUACCUGACCAUGGAUGUGCUGGAGACUGACUGCCACGUGAUCAGCAAGAAAAACGCAAAGGACUGUGAGGUCCCCAAGGCUGAAAACACACCGGUCUACGGUCAGUGCAAGGCUGUUAUCUACAUGAACAGAGUCCAUAGAGUGGUUCGUCUGUACAACUACAACUGUGUGGUCAGACCAGCGGCUGCGGCGAAAGUGGCUAAGCAGUGCCCGGACUGUCCCUCUGCCAUGCCCAAGGACCACCCGGAGAUCCUGAAGACGGCCACCAUGUCCAUGGAGAAGUUCAACAAGGACAGCGGCUUGGCCAAUCACUUCGCCAUCCUCAACAUCACCCGUGCGCGGACAUCGAUGGGCAUGGCAACCUUCUACUUUGCAGAGUUCACCAUCCAGGAGACGACUUGUGCCAACACCACCGACCCUUCUGCAGCCUCCAAAUGUCCUCUGAUGGCCUGCGAGUUUGCACACAAAGGACACUGCAAGGGCUCCCACUCUCACGGCAUGGGAGGCCAGGAGUUUGUCACGGUCAACUGUGAGGUCUUUGAGAAUGAGAACUCAAAGAAGGAGAAGGCAGCUCACCUGUUGGGAGGAGAGACAGACCACAGCCACACCCUUCAGUCUGGAAAACACGGCAAAGACCACACCCAUAAUGCCUCCGGCGCUCACGACCACGCCCACGACCACGCUCACGACCACACCAAAGACCACAAACACGACGGCGCCCACGCCCAUGAUCAUAAAGAUGGUGCCCAUGGUCACUCUCAUGGCGAUGGAGCUGCUGGCGGUCACGACCACUCUCAUGACCACGGUCACGGUCACGACCACGCUCACGCCCACCACGCCAAGGCCCAUAACCACAGCACUGACACCGGACCGCACCAGCAUCACAACUACAAGCACGACGGCGAGGGCCACACUCACGAGCAUGACCAUGAGCUAUCCUUGGAUCACGACCACAAGCACGCUCACCUGCACGAGCACGAGCACCACCACCAUCACCACGAGCACCCACACGGGACCGAGUCCCGCCACCCUCCCCAGGGAACCGUGACCGUCCUCCCCGCCCUGGGCCUGCCCAUGACCCUGCCCUCCUUCCCCGAACAGCCUGUGGGUGAGAAGGGCGCCACUCUGCCCAUGGUCCAAGACCCAAAGAUCCCUGGGAUGAGCCAGCCCAUCAUCCUGCCCUUCCCCACCACUGUGUCUGCUCAGUGCCCUGCUGAGGUCAAGGAUGAGGACAACUUUGUGAAGGAGCUCUUUGCUGAGGACCCCCUCUUCAAAGCAGCUGCGUAACCAGUCCCUUGUCUCCAUGGAGCUGAAACACAGAACUGAUUAUUCUCAAUACCUACCAAUGACCCACUGAUACUGACAAGAAGAACAAACAAGAGCACAAAGCUAGUUAUGAUGUUGUUCUUUGGAAUUCACAGGGACAGGUUUCUGCAUGUCAGAUAUUUAGCUACCUCUAAACCAUUUUCACAUUCACCUGUCUGCCUCACUGUCUGUCUGCCUGCCUGCCUGCCUGUCUGUCUGUCUGUCUGUCUGUCUGUCUGUCUCUUUCUCUGUCUGUCUGCCUCUCUCUCUUUGUCUGUCUGUCUGCCUCUCUCUCUUUCUCUGUCUGUCUGUCUCUCUUUCUCUGUCUGUCUGCCUCUCUUUGCCUCUCUCUCUCUCUGUCUGUCUGUAAGCAUUAUGUUUGAGACCUGACUGUGUGUUCCUCAGAAAUUAAGGGAUUGACAGCAUUCUUUUGUAUGUUUCUAAUACUCUAUCUUUGCCAUGACGGAAGAUAGUUUUUGAGGUGGGUGUUGUUCUUAGCCUCAAACAAAUAAAAUAAACAUCACUAAUGCAUCAA